GGUUCCCAAACCCGCGCCUGUCGAAGCCUCCAUUUGAAGAUCAGAAAUGGCUUCCGUUUGCCGAUCACUUCUAGCGGCGGCGGCGGCGGGGGGUUCGAGGUCUAUGGCCGGCCGUACCAGAACACUGGCUCAUGUAACCCUAAAACCAGUGCCUGUUUCUUCUUCCUCCAGGGGCUUCAUUUCCGUUUCCAGGAUUGCUUCAUCUUUGGCUUCUGUGGACUCUCUGAUGCCACUCCACAGCGCCGUCGCCUCAGCUCGGCUUAAGUCUAAAAUUGCCGUCGACUCGCAUUGCUGGAGCUGGCUUUCUGAAGGAUUUGCUACGCCUUUGUGACAUAACAGUCGGUGAAGACAAAUUGUAAUUGCUAAAACAGCUUAGUGACCGGUAGCUGAAACGACCUUCCUUAGGACUUGCAAGGUUUUUCAUCUUUUCAACUUAUCUUUGCAAGAUACCUUUAUCACAUGAAAGAAUCAUUUAGUUUUGAUCAUUGUAUAAUGCAAUGCGGCCACAUUUUCUGGAUAUGCAGAGAGCUAUUGUUUUGAGCCUCUGACCACAACCCCUGAGAGAUUGGAUUUUCGUUAGGCGUCUCUUUGUUGCUCUUGACUUUGUUCAAUACCAUGCAAUUGAUUUUCUCUAUUCUCUAA